GUGAAAGGCUCAGACACUGCUGGCAACGCACACAGCUCCUGUGCUCCAUGCCAGCGCCGCUCAGCUGCGCUCCUAUUUGUUCCCCCGCCCGCUCGCACGCACGCUCCCCACACACACCGCCAGCCUGGGUGUGAGGAACGGCAUGGAAUGGAAUCUCAGAAGGAUGGAGAGCGAGCUGAGACAGAUCAACCCUGACUUGCUGCAGCCCAGCAAGAGCUUUAAGAAACCUUCUUCAGGCACCAUCACCAUCAACGUGGGGGGCUACCUGUAUGCAGCACAACGGCACACCCUAGUCAAGCACCCCGGCUCUCUGCUGGAGGAGGUGGUCAGCGGGAAGAAACCCGUGGUGCACGUGGACUCCAUGGGCAACACCUUCAUCGACCGCGACGGCCCCAUCUUCCGGCACGUUUUGAACUUCUUGCGCAUGGGUGAGCUGCUACUACCCGACGACUUCAAGGAAGCGGAGCUGCUCAGACGCGAGGCUGACUUCUACCGGCUGAGUGAACUGGCCCAAGCCCUGCAGGAAUGGGAGCAAAAGCAGGCCGCGCAACGUGAGCCUGCCUUUCUGGAGGUGACGGACAGCCAUGAGCGCUCCCAUGGUCUGAGGGUCUACUGCAGUGACAACGGGUUUAUCGAGAAGGUGAAGAGCCGUCUGGUGCAGAUCUCCAAGAGCCGACUAGAUGGCUUUCCAGAAGAGUUUGAGGUGUCGUCCAACAUCAUCCAGUUCCGGCAUUUCAUUAAAUCAGAGCAGGGUUCUCGGCUUGUGCUGAAGCAGGACAGCACGUUUUUGUGUACACUAGAGUGUCUGAAGCUGGAGACGGUGAUGCUAGCUCUGAAAGGAGGCUUUCGUCUGCUUACCAGCCUAGACAGCAGCCGCGGAUCAGUGGUUCAGUGCGAGGCUCUGCAUUUUGUCAAGUGACCCAACCGGAACUGCCACCUUUAACCACAUGAUCUGCUGUAAACCCAUCACAUCAACGAACACCAGCGUCCCCAACCGAAAUCCUGUUCUGGAAUAUUCCACUCUGCUUCUGCAUUACACACUCCUACUAACAGCCUUGAUAGACAAGAGAGAUUAUAUGUACUGUGGAUUUGUUUUUGUUUUGUAUACUGUAUGCAGUUUUCUUCUGUUUACAUGUUGCUUUUAGAGGGAGAGUGCGUACUGUACUGUACACGAUGAGAUACAUUUGAAUUGCAGAGUACUCUGGAGUCAAAAGGCUGCAAUUGCAAGUGCAAAGAUCAUUACAUCUGUGUGCAAAUUUUGUGAUUUCUGGUAAAGUGAAAAAAUAUAGUGAACAAGAGGUUAAUCUGAAGUCUGUGAAUGUUUUCCAAAAUAAAGCAAACAUAUAAUUUGACUGAA